GCAGCUGUGGUUGUUUCGACUCCCAAGUCCGCUGGAGUUGAAAUCCACUCGGAACGGUCGGUCGGACAUCGGCACUUCAUCUUGGCAACGAUCGAGCACGACCGAGUAUCGGCGUAUAAGCCUUGCUGGGGUUAUUGGGAGGGAGUCGCGGUGUUCGCCUCCUCAUCUGACCCCGGAGUAAAGGUUGACCGACGGCGCUUAAUAGGAUCGCGGGGACUACGAUGUCGCUGCUGGCCGAGUGCUAUCGAAGACUCAGAGACUCGUCGUCGAGUCAGCAACCGUUAAAAGGAUACAAAGUAACAGAUGUAAAUCGAACCAGAAAAAUUGGAGUCGCAUGUCGUAAUCUACAAGAUCUUAAGCAAAAAGCAUGUGCCAAAUUUAACAUAAUGGAUGACUUGGCGCUGAUUGGAAUUUUUUUAAUCGAUGGUUCAGAAAUAGACGAUGAAUAUUUUGCGACUGUUGAGCCACAGACGACCCUGAUACUUUGCAGACCGGGCGAACAACUUUUAACUGAAGCGGAUAUACUUUAUCAGAUGCUGAGGAAAGCGAACGAGAGUCUUUUUCAACAAGGGGAAAAAGCCGCGGAAUUUCUCACGGAUAAAUUGAAAAUUAAUAUUGCAACACUUAAUAAAAUUCUGAAUAAGGAUGAUAAGAAAACAAUGUUUAGUAAAAGGGAAGAUCAUCCAGAAUGGUUUGAUGGAUUAGAAACAAAUUCGCAAACAAAGGAGGCUUAUUUGCAUCGUCGUUGCCAAGAUAGAAUUCGAGGUUACCUCUACAAGACUAUCAGCCAGAUUAGAUCGUCCGAGAUCUUUACUAGGGAUCCGAAAGCUCGCAAACAGCUUCAACUCGUAAUAACUUAUUUCAAGCUGCAACUAAGGAAAGAUCACUACUUCGGCUAUUACUUUGACCGUAGUCGGUCCAUUGAAUCGGCAGCUGCUAGUGGCGGUCGCAGCCAAUCUGGUGACGACACAGAUGGGCCUCAAAGAUGCUGUUACGAUCACUGUGUUUGCAAGCUGAGCAUUUCCGAUUAUGAGAGGUAUAUUUUAGGUUUAGAUAAAGAUGAAGUGGAUGCAAAGAAAAUGAGACUAUCGGGAUCAACGACAGACACCAAGAAUGAGAAUUUACACCCGAGCAAUGAAGAAAACGAAGAUCUACAAGUUAUAUUAAAGAAAUGCCCAUAUAAAUUCAUACAAAGAGAGGAAAAAGAUAUGGUAGCUCUUUGCGAUGUGACGGGAGAAUUUAGCUGUAGCGGUGUGUGGAAUCUAAACAAGUGCUUGUAUGAUGAAAAACAUAAAAUUAAUCCUUAUAGAUCUAAGGAAGAGCUAAUUUUAUUCUCCACAUGGAAUUUAGAUCAUAGGAUUGAACGUUCAAGGACAUUAGUACCGCAACUAUUGGAAGCUUCAAAACAAGAAAAAAUAGAUGAAAAGGAUGUUUUAGAAUUUUACGAUAAUCUUUUCACUUUAAAAAAUUUAAGGCUUGUGCACAUUGUGUGUCAUGAUAAAGGAUCACAUAAAUAAGUAUUUUUGAUAUUUUUAUUGACUAACUUAGCACGGAUAAGG